AUGCGUUACUCUACCAUCAUCGUUGCCGUCGCUGCGUCGACCGUCUCGGCCUACUCCUACGACAACUCCACUGAGUACACUUCCACCGAGGUUGUGACUUCCUACACCACCUUCUGCGCUGAGCCCACCGAGUACGUCGAGGCCGGCCACACCUACACCGUCACUGAGCCCACCACCUUGACCAUCACCGACUGCCCUUGCACUCUGACCAAGACUUACUCGACCGCUGCUCCCGUCGAGACCCCCGUCGAGACCCCCGUUGAGUCCGAGUACCCCGUCGAGACUCCCGUUGAGACUCCCGUUGAGUCCGAGUACCCCGUCGAGACCCCCGUCGACACUCCCACCUACGUUGUGCCCCCCAUGUCCACCGGCACCGGCACUCCCCCCAGCUACGGAAACGAGACCUCGUCUUCCCCCAGCUACGCUCCCUCGACCGCUCCCCCCGCCGCCUCGGCCACCGAAGUCUUCGAAGGUGCUGCCAACCGCGCCACCGUCGCCGGUGGUGCCCUCGCCGGUGUCCUCGGACUCGUCGCCUACCUCCUGUAA